AUGGCUGUGACUCCUAUUAUUACGUCCUUGUUGGACACAGAUCUUUAUAAGAUUACUAUGCAGGCUGCCAUUCAUAAGCACUAUCCCAAAGUUCCAUGUGAAUUUCUACUAACGAAUAGAACUCCAAACAAGAAACUCAACAGGAAAGCAUAUGACUGGCUUUGUCAACAAAUCAAAAGUCUUGAAAGUUUGAGGUUCACUAAUGAGGAGAUUGCAUAUUUGAAGACGAAAAUCGGAUAUCUUGGCGACGAUCAUUUCGAAUGGUUGAGAACAGUGAGCUUGAAUCCGGAUAAGGAAAUCAAAAUUGUCCCAGAGAUUAGCGGAGAUGAGUACAACUUAACCAUUACGGCAUGUGGAGACUGGGAGGUGGUGACUUUGUAUGAGAUCCCGAUUCUUUCGCUGUUGAGCGAAUGCUACUUCAGGUUUAUUGAUAAAAAGUGGAAAAUCGAAGGAAAGGAAGUAGCAAUCUUAGAGAAUGAGAAGCUCCUUGAAGCUGGAUGCACGUUCAGUGAAUUUGGAACUAGACGUAGGCGUAGCUUUGAAGUACAAAGAACUGUGAUGCAAGGAAUCAUGAAAGCUGCUAAAAACUCUGAUUUUAAGGGGAAAUUUCUAGGUACUUCCAAUGUUUUUUUUGCCAAGGAGUUUGAUGUUAACCCAAUUGGUACCAUCGGGCACGAGUGGAUGAUGGGAGUCGGGGCGAUACAAUCGAUGAUAACAAGCACUGUGGAUGGUGAGCCUAAUUACGAGGCGUAUUUGACCGCAAAUAGGCUUGCAAUGGAGCAAUACGUCGAGUUGGUUGGUCCGUCACAUGCAGGCUUGGCAUUGACUGAUACUUAUGGAACAGAAAACUUUUUGAAACAAUUCACGGAACCUUAUAUUGGAUACUACGUCGGAGUGAGACAGGACAGUGGUGAUCCCAAAGAGUAUGCAAGAGAGCUCAGUGCUUGGUACCAUAACCACGGGUACUCUGGUGACAAAAGAAAGUUGAUCUGUUUCAGCGAUUCCCUCAAUGUAAGCAAAUGCAUUGACUUGAAGAAGGUUUGUGACAGUCAAGAGUGUGCAAUCAACUCGAUUUUUGGAAUUGGGACAAACCUUACGAACGAUUUUGACACCGAACCAAUGAACAUUGUCAUGAAACUACUCACUUGCGGUGGUGGUCAUGCUAUAAAAAUUAGUGACAACGCUGGGAAAAACAUGGGUGAUUCCAACACAGUCCAUGAGGUGAAAAAAAGACUAGGUUAUGUCGAACACAAGUGGGCUGGAGGUGACGAAUCUCAUAGAUGGAAGAAAUGA